AUGGAUGAGUUGAUGAACAAACUGCAGGAGGAUAUCUCCAAACGUAGCCUUCCGUCACUGUUGGAUAGAAGUUUUGUAAAAACUGCUGAAGAGGAUGGUCAGCUGAAGGUCAGAAUUAUGCAGUGGAAUAUCCUAGCUCAAGCUCUGACCCAAGGAGAUGAUAACUUCAUCCUCUGUCCCCCCGCAGCACUACAGUGGGACAAUCGUCAACUACGUGUGAUCGAGGAGUUGGUUCGUUUCACGCCCAGCAUUUUGUGCUUGGAGGAAGUUGAUAUGUUUCAGUUCCUGAAAGGUACCCUGGGACAGGCUGGAUAUGACGGUAUCUUUACUCCAAAGCCAGACUCACCUUGUCACAAGUUUAAAAACAACAUGGGAUCUGAUGGCUGUGCUGUAUUCUACCAGACAGGUGAACUUGAACUACUGCAUAAGGACUGUAUAAUAUUGAAAGGAGAGGACGAUGAAGAAACAAAUCAAGUUGCUAUCUUAUGUAAAUUUCGUUUGAAAGCUAACCAGAAAGUAUUCUUUGUCAGUGUCUGUCAUCUAAAGGCAAAGUCUGGCUAUGCUGAUUUACGUCAUCAGCAGGGAAAAUACUUGCUGGAUGUUUUGAAGAAAAAUGUUGGUUCCCAUCCUGUGUUUAUUUGUGGUGACUUCAAUGCACACCCCAAAGAACCAGUGUAUGGUGAGUUUGCGAAGAGUGAUCUCGGCAUAACCAGUGCGUAUGCUCAUUUAUCAACAGAAGGAAAGGAGCCAAGCUACACAACAUGGAAAAUACGUGGAACCUUUGAUGGGCAGAAAACAGAGAGCUGUAAAACCAUAGACUACAUUUGGUACUCUAAAGACAAGGCUUCCAUUACCUCAGUAUUAAACCUGCCUUCACCAGAGGCUAUCGGGGAGGCCAGGCUACCUUCUUAUACAUACCCCUCCGAUCACUUAUCUCUUGUCUGUGAUGUUGUUCUCAAUAAAUAAAGGAGAACUGAUCUAGAUUUAUGUAAUUUACUUAGGUAGACAUUACGGCAAAUUUAUAAAAAUAAU